AUGACGGGCGACGAGGAUGGGUCACCGUCUGAGCGGUCGCCUCUAUUGCACGGCCACGGGAAUGGACACGAACGACCGAACGUGAAAAUCACCGGGCCGGCGCUCAGCCCCGUGAUUGAAGAUGUCACGUCGACAGGCUCGUCAUCGGUUGACAUUGACAUUGAGAACAACGCAGACGGUGAAGACCUCGCACGGACAUCAUCCAUCGACUCCCACCGCGAGGCACAGUUCACAGGGAACGCGGACGCGGCGCGGCAGAUGCUGUACAUCGUUCCCGCGGUGUCGGUGGGGGUGUUCCUGGCCGCGGCGGACCAGACGAUCAUUGUGUCGAGCUACGGGCGGAUCGGCAGCGAGCUCGAUGCGCUGAACCUCACCAGCUGGGUCGCGACCGCGUAUUUCCUGACGCUGACCUCCUUCCAGCCGCUGUAUGGCAAAUUGUCGGACAUCUGGGGCCGCAAGGCGUGUCUACUGUCCGCGUAUACAAUUUUCGGGAUGGGGUGCCUCUUCUGUGGCCUCGCGCGGGACAUCAACCAGCUCAUCGCCGCGAGGGUGUUUCAGGGCGUGGGCGGAGGUGGUAUGACGACCGUCGUGUCGAUCCUGUUCAGCGAUAUCGUCCCCCUCAAGGACCGCGGCAUGUGGCAGGGGAUCAUCAACAUCGUGUAUGCUGCCGGCGCCGCCUCUGGGGCACCUUUCGGAGGCCUCGUAGCAGACUAUCUAGGCUGGCGAUGGUCUUUCUUAGGCCAGGUCCCGCUGUGCAUAAUCGCUUUCCUUGCCGUGCUGUUCUCCCUUCACCUACCAUCACAUUCGGACCAGAACUGGCGGAAGAAGUUGGCCAGGAUCGAUUUCCUCGGCGCAAUUGUGCUUGUCGCCGCUGUGUUUGGUCUCAUCUUUGGCAUGGACCGUGGGUCGAACACUUCAUGGGUGAGACCUAUAACAUACGGCCCCAUCAUGGCCUCGGUGGGCUUGUUCGGUCUCUUCAUCCACGUUGAACGCCACCUUGCGAAGGAGCCGUUCGCACCGGGGCACAUCAUAUUCAACCGCACCCUGAUUGCCAGCUACUUAUGUUGCGCCUUCAGUUUCGGCGCUUGGCUGUCUAUUCUUUACUAUCUGCCGCUGUUCUAUCAAGCUGUUGACGGCUUCGGCGCUACAGGCGCUGCGGUGCGACUCCUCCCUGCGAUUGUAGCAGGGGUGUCCGGCUCUCUCUUCAGCGGCAUGUGGAUCAGGUGGUAUGGUCGCUACUACUGGCUGACAGUAUCCGCCUACGUCCUUCUUGCGGUAGGGAUGGCGGUUAUCCUGCUCUUCAGUGGCGUGAUUCUGAACAACACGUACAUAAUCUCGGUGGGGACUGUGCUGAGCGGCUUUGGCAACGGCAUCGGCGUGACGUCGGCGCUGAUUGCCAUCAUCUCGAACGCAAACCCAAAGGACCAAGCUGUCGCGACUGCCUGCUCCUACCUGUUUCGCUCCCUAGGAUCCGUGAUCGGUAUCUCCCUGUCCGCCACGGCCAUCCAGCAGCGUCUUAGGGACGACCUUGCUGUGAGGCUCGGCAAUAGCCACGACGCCGCGGAAAUAGAACAGGGCGUGCGCCGGAGCCUCGAUUACCUCAAACAACUGACGCCCGAGCUGCGCCAUAUCGUCAGAUUGUCCUACGGCACCGCCGCCACUGCCGGAUUCCUGCUGGCAUUAGUGCUCUCGCUGGGCGCAACUCUGGCGAGUGUCUUUAUCAAGGAGCAGAGGAUUAGCCGUUGA